AGGGGGGAAUGAGCCCACCCCAAAUAACUAGCCUCUGUAUCCGUGCAGGUGCCUACGGAACUAAGGAGGGUGGCAACUGCAGCGGUGCAAUUUCGCCAAGGACUUAAGACAACAGCCCGCUCCCGCCAUGAAGAAGCCCCCCAGGGUCAUCUGGGGACUGGGCAUGCCACCCAGGCAUAGCGAAGCCAGCCAGGACUACUGACCCUCUUCGCCUCUGCAGAUUGUUCCCUCGUGCAUCCAGCAGAGGGCGCAACCCCUCUCACCCUGCCGCUUCCCCACUUUGCGACCCAUGGACCCAGCAGCUCGCCGGAUGGCAGAUUGGGUGCCCUGCUUCCGGCUUGCAGCUGCUUACACACGGACUCGGAUCCCCAGGGACUUGGUAUUGGCGUCUUGCUGCCCUACUGCCUGUCAUUGACCUGGACCGGUUGGCAUCCUGGAUCCGGCAACACGGAAGCAACCUGACAGCCAUCCCCUGAACCAGUUUGCGGACCAGGCACCAUGUCGGGAGAUUAUGAUGAAGACAGACACCGCAGGGCAAUGGAGCUUCUUCAUGUGCUGUGUUCCAACACAUGCGCUGCCCAGGAACGCGAGAAGUGUCAGGAACUGACAGGCCAUGUGGGUCCCAUCAACUCAGAGAUCCUGGUCAGCCUGCUGUCAGUGAUAGUGACCUUCUGCGGGAUCGUGCUGCUGGGCGUCUCCCUCUUCGUCUCGUGGAAGCUGUGCUGGAUCCCCUGGCGGGACAAGGGCUCCUCCUCGCAGACACAACGCAAGGAGCACCCUCUCCAUGCUCACCUCCACCAUUCGCCUUUCGGGGACCUCCUGGCCGAGCGGGUGGAGCUGGGUCCCGAGAUGCCCGAAAGGUCCUACCUCGAUAUGGAUUCCUACCCCGAGGCCAACCUCAAGGUCAGCCAGACCUCCCCUGACCUCCCCGUGGAAGGCCAGACCAGCACCAAGGAAGGCACCAUGCCCAACGCCCACUCCCAUCAACAAGUAGCAAGCUUGGCACCCACACCCAGGUACAACACGCUGCCGCGCCCCGUGACACAGCAGUUGAGCAGCCCGGACACCGGCGUCCACGUAGGGGAGGAGAAGGUGGAACAAGUGACUAGCAUUGGGCAGAUAAAGCCCGAGUUAUACAAGCAGCGCUCGGGCGAGUCGGACUCCAAGAAAGGCGAUGCCGCGAGCUGUGGGCGGAUCAGCUUUGCCCUGCGCUACGCCUACGGCACCGAGCAGCUGGUGGUGAGGAUUCUCCGGGCCUUGGACCUGCCCGCCAAAGACGCCAACGGCUUCUCCGACCCCUACGUGAAAAUGUACCUGCUGCCCGACCGCAAGAAGAAGUUCCAGACGAAGGUGCACCGCAAGACGCUGAACCCCAUUUUCAACGAGACUUUUAACUUCAAUGUCCCCUUUGCCGAACUGCCCUCUCGCAAGCUCCACUUCAGCAUCUACGAUUUCGACCGCUUCUCCCGCCACGACCUCAUCGGCCAAGUGGUGCUCGACAACCUGCUGGAGAUCGCAGAGAGGGACAAUGACGCGCCCCUCUGGAGGGACAUCAUGGAGGGACAUUCGGAAAAAGCGGAUUUGGGGGAGCUGAAUUUCUCUCUCUGUUACUUGCCCACCGCUGGGCGCCUCACGGUCACCAUCAUCAAGGCCACCAACCUCAAAGCCAUGGACCUGACUGGAUUUUCUGACCCUUACGUCAAGGCAUCCCUCAUGUGCGAAGGGAGGCGGCUGAAGAAGCGCAAGACGUCCAUCAAGAAGAACACGCUCAACCCCAGUUACAACGAGGCCCUCGUCUUUGACAUCCCCCAAGACAGCAUGGAGCAUGUCAGCAUCACCCUGGCGGUCAUGGAUUAUGACUGCAUUGGGCACAACGAGGUCAUUGGGAUGUGCAGAGUGGGCAGCGACGCAGAUGCACCCGGGAGGGACCACUGGGCCGAGAUGCUGGCGAACCCACGCAAACCCAUUGAGCACUGGCACCAGCUGGUGGAGGAGAAGACUUUGAACAGCUACAUCAACAAGAAUCCUCCAGCGCGGGACAAACCCAGCAUCGUAGUAGAAAGCGUUCAGUCGGACUAAGGCAACCACCGCUGGCCCUUUGCCACCAGGGAC